AUGGUCACCUCAUCUAUCGACGCCAACCCUCUUGAUCCAGAAACUAAGUUUAAAUAUGGAGAGAACGGUCAAAAAGCUUCCCACCAGAGUGACCUUGACGUGAUCAUGGAUCGAAAUGUCGCACCCUCCCCCCGAGAAGUGUGCGCUGAUCUCGCUCAGCAACACGCUCUUGAAGAUCUUCAUGAUGUGACAGAGCAUAGCUCCGAACAGCAUGCGUCAAUGAACUGCGAUCUGAGCUCUUCCCGUCGCUCUUCGGAUCGGGGCACUCAGUAUGAUGAGCCUCGCAAACCGGAGGAAUAA